GGGUGUCGGGAGUCGGCCAUCAAACAUGUCCGCGUUCGUUUGAAAAGCUGCUGUCGUGACCACGUUUUGGUUCUUUUGCAUGUCGGCGCUGGUGGUGACGAGUUGCUCAAGCAGGACUUAUACAAACGAAAGACACGGACAAGAGUCAGAUCAUUCCUUAUUAUCAGAAAUAAUGCUGAUAUCUGGAACUCAUGUCGGAAGUCGUGUAUGAAGAGACAGCCACGAUGAUUGCCGCAGGGGAAUUGCAGUCGUUUGUCCCGUUUGGUCGUGAACACUGCAGAAAUCAUCCAAACGCUUUCAAUCUGCAGCUCAGAGAGCUCCAACCUGCCUCCGAACUCUGGUCUUCAGAUGGAACCGCUGGCCUGGUGGGCUCCCUGCAGGAAGUCAGUCUGCAGGAGAGAGACCGGGAAUGCUGGCAGCUUCGAAAGGGCUGUGUCGGAGUCAGGGAGGAGGAUGUGGAGUUUGAAGAGGAGCUCUACACAGCAGGAAACGUGGUUGUCUGGAGCCAUGGCAGUCGAUUCCAGGCCUCCAGUGUAUAUAAGGCCUUCACUGUCGAUAGCCUGGUGCAACAGGCCUUAUGGUGUAACUUUGCAGUUCCUCAGGAGAAGAAAAAAGACGAGGAAGUGGAACAGACUGUGUGCAUUGUCCAGAGUAGCUGUGUCAACGUUCACACUGUGACUGGGAAGGAUUUCAUCUCACUGCCUUUCCAGGUGUCAAAUCUCUGGGAAACGAAGUUUGGACUGUUGUUGGAACGAAAACACACAGUCACUGAUGCGCAACUUGGCCUCCCAGGGGAGUCUCUGCCCACAGUGUUCAGCAUGAUGCACCCCCUUGAUGAGAUCGCACCAGUAGUGUGUAAACCUCCAGGCAUCUUUGAAGGCUCUCGUGUGCAGUAUGUGUCGGACCCCUCUGUAAAGAUGAUCUUCAGCUGUUGUCAGCCUUCUAUUGUUGUGUCUUAUGACACUGUACAUGGAAUACAUUCUGUCUGGACGCUGCGUAAAGUCACACAAGAUGAGCGUUCUACAGUGCUACAUUACCCCACUGAACCAGCCAGCAUGCAGUUCGGUCUGAUGCCUUCAGGGUUGCUGACUUCUCACCUCCGUAAUGUUUCCCGAUUGGACUCUCCUGGUGGUGCUCCUGGAAUGGGAACAAGUUGUAGUGGGUCUCCUCUCCACUACAGUGCUCUGCACAGUCACCAGAGCAGGAUCAUAACAUCUUCACCAGCAUUUCACUCCCGUGUUCAUUCCCCAAGUAUCUCCAACAUGGCUGCCCUCAGUCGCGCCCACUCUCCAGGAAUGGCAGCCCCAUCCUUUUCAAGUGCUGCUCGUUUCAGCACGUCUUUCCACAGUCCCUCCUCUAGGGGGCACCAUGGCUUGUUACCCUCUCCCAAUGUCACAGUAAACGAGUCUGUGCUGGUGCCAGAGAUGGAGCCCAUCAUACCUGAUCUCUGCAUGGAGCACCUGUGGAGUGAGACAGCCACCGCUGGCUGUCACAGAGAGAUAAGCAGCCAGGCGUCCAAAGUCUUCCUGACAUCUGACCUCUGUGAGAACCACUACCUGUGUUUUCUAGUGGAGUCUCACCAACAUCUCAGGUGUGUGAAGUAUAUGGUGAGCAACAAUCCCUCUCAGUUCAUCUUUGCCUCUGUCACUACCAUCCCUGCCAAAGAUGCAGAACCUUUGCAGACUAUAGAUGCCAUGCUGGUCCUGGAGGCAUGUGGCAGUCUGGUCCUCUACACGGGAAUCACCAGGGUGAGUAAGGUGUUUGUCCCUGGCCUCCUGUCUCCCACCUUCACCCUUUCCAACAACAUCCCUCACUUCAGCACCCCGGUGGACAGUGUUAGCACACCAGCUAGCACACCAGCUAACGUCGGAAAUAGGCAUAUCCAAAGACUGAACGAGAGUGUGAUGCCUUCUCCACUGUCAGAGGUGAAGGGUCUCAACUUUAAACCCCAGGAAGCUUCAUUUUUAGAGGAUUGUUCGUUCCAACAGGUCACGCCCUGUGUCCUUGCCUUGAGGGACCCUGUGUGCAACCGGAUCACUCUGGAACUGAGUAAUGGUACAAUGCUGAGAAUCGCCGUCCCAGAGAUUGCUACCUCUGAACUUGUGAGGAAAUGUCUUCAGGUGAUCCGCUUCAUCCUCCCCAAGGAAACUGCUAUGAAGGUUUUAGUGAAGUGGUAUAAUGUCUACAAUGCUCCUGGUGGUCCCAGCGCCCACGCAGAGUGGAACCUGUUUGUUACCUGUUUCAUGACAUUGAUGGGCUACAAUACUGAGCGCCUAGCAUGGACACGUAAUCUCCAUUUUGAAGUGCCUCACUCUCCGGUGAUUGCAGCCAAGAAGGCUCGUCCCUCUGAUGGCGGCUCGGAAGAGGACUGGGACUACUUGUUGGGGUCUCAUUACCACCGUCAAAUGAGUUUUUUGCCUGCUUGCUUUUUAGUGGAUUCAACUGACUCCAGCAUCGCUGCAGAUACUGAAGGCCUGUCCUCCGAUUCUCCUCACUUCAGUGCAGCUGUGAAGUUGGACAGUUCAGCUCCUCUCUUCCUUCACAUUCCUGCUCUUUUCUACAUUCUCCACCUGCUCUAUCAGGAGCUGCAGCUAGAUGAGCUGCAGAGAGCCAGAGCUUCAUCACUCGUCUGCCUCUUGCAACAACUGGCCAGAGACCUUCAGUUGCAGGAAUAUGUUGAUCUGUACUGGAGAGACUACCCGUCAUUAAUUAGUGGCUUCACUGAGAGCUGCCUCAUAGACCAGGCUCAGAUUGAUCAGAUGCAACGUCCAUCUUUCCUGAGGGAGGAGCCUCCUAAUAUUUUCGGCUGGCUCAGUAGCUGUUUGAGAGGCGAGGAGGUCCCGCCCUUCCCCAUCCUCCCUGGAAUCUGUCAGAGGACCAGGCUACUGGUUCUGAGUUAUGCUCUGUACAUUGUGGGGGAUGAAAAUGCACUUUCGUCAGAUGUGUCGAAGUACCUGGUCAAGCUCUCUGCAGGCCAGAAGUCCUGUGUAAGAGAACCACAAUACAGAAGACAGAGCAGUGUGAAGGUGGAGUUUUCAAGUAAGAGUUUGGCUGAGCAGCUGGUGGUCUGGCUCACCUCAGAAGGUUUCACUCUGAAGGACUUGGAGUCGGUCCCCUUUGGUGUGGCUCUGCCCAUCAGAGAAGCCAUUUACCGGUGCCGAGAGCAGCCGUGUUCUGAUUGGUCAGAGGAGGUCUGUCUGCUUAUUGGGCGCCAGGACCUGACAAGACAAGCUCAUAAGAUGACCCUGGCAAAGAGCAAAAGUUCUGUAGGUUCGGGUCUGUCAUUGGAGCCUCCCGCCACUACAGAGGCGGAUGAGGAGGAAGAUGGGAUGUCUGAUAUAAUUCAGGAGGUCACGGGGCUGAUCUGGAGUCAGGAUCUGAGGGUCCAGGAGGUCAGAAGGCUCCUGCAGAGCUCCAGGCCGGUCCGAGUUAAUGUUGUCCAGCUGCCUGAGGUUUCUGACCACGAAUACAUAGAGGAAAAAGAGAACAAACUGUUGCAGUUGUGUCAGAGGACGAUGGCUCUCCCUGUUGGUCGAGGCUUGUUCACUCUUUUCUCCUAUCAACCUGUGCCCACAGAGCCGUUACCUGUCCCCAAACUCAACCUGACAGGCCGUGCCCCUCCGAGAAACGCCAUGGUAGAUCUUAACAGUGGGAACAUUGAUGUUCCACCAAACAUGACUAGCUGGCCUAGCUUUCAUAACGGAGUAGCUGCUGGUCUUAAAAUAGCGCCUGCUUCACAGGUGGACUCUGCCUGGAUAGCCUAUAACAAGCCAAAAAGCCCAGAGUUGGCUAAUGAGUAUGCAGGUUUCUUGAUGGCUCUGGGCCUAAAUGGACACCUGACCAAGCUGGCCACACUCAACAUACACGACUACCUCACCAAGGGCCAUGAGAUGACCAGUAUUGGUCUUGUCCUGGGUGUUUCUUCUGCAAAACUGGGCACUAUGGAUAUGUCCAUCACCCGCCUGCUGAGUAUCCACAUCCCUGCUCUGCUCCCGCCCACAUCUACCGAGCUGGACGUGCCGCACAAUGUGCAGGUUGCUGCUGUAAUUGGAAUUGGGCUGGUGUACCAGGGUACCGGCCACAGGCACAAUGCUGAAGUCUUGCUCUCCGAGAUAGGAAGACCUCCUGGUCCAGAGAUGGAGUACUGUACAGACAGAGAAUCUUAUUCGCUAGCUGCUGGACUCGCUCUGGGCAUGGUCUGCCUGGGUCAUGGCAGCAACCUGAUUGGGAUGACGGAUCUGAAUGUUCCUGAGCAGUUGUAUCAGUACAUGGUGGGGGGCCACCGCAGAGCUCAGACUGGGGCCAGCCGAGAGAGGCACAAGUCCCCCAGCUACCAAAUUAAGGAGGGUGAUACCAUUAAUGUGGACAUCACGUGUCCGGGAGCCACACUCGCUCUUGCUAUGAUCUACCUCAAGACCAACAACAGAUCCAUUGCUAAUUGGCUGAAGGCUCCAGACACUCUGUUUCUGCUGGACUUCAUCAAACCUGAGUUUCUGCUGCUGAGGACUCUUGCUCGGUGUAUCAUUAUGUGGGAUGAAAUCCUCCCCACUACAGAGUGGGUGAAGAGUAACCUACCUCAGAUAAUGAGGGAUAAUGUUGCUGCUUCUGAAGACAUGAACAUGGAGACACUGACCCAAGCCCAUGACUACAUUAUCGCCGGGGCCUGCAUGGCGGUGGGCUUCCGCUUCGCCGGCUCUGCUAACUCCGACGCCUUUGAUUGCCUUUACGCUUUCGCAACGACCUUCAUGAAUAUUAUGGCCAUCUCCACUACAGUUGCUGUGACUGGUCACUACAACCUGCAAACGGGCCUGUCCAUGGUUCUCCUGGCUCUGUCCAUGGUGAUGUCUGGUACGGGAAACUUGAAAGUCCUGCAACUCUGUCGCUUCCUCCAUAAGAGAACCAGUGGUGAGAUGAACUAUGGCUUCCAUAUGGCGCAUCACAUGGCACUGGGUCUGCUCUUCCUGGGAGGGGGCAGGUACACUCUUAGCACUUCAAACUUGGCCAUCGCUGCACUGCUGUGUGCACUUUACCCACAUUUUCCUGCUCACAGUACCGACAACCGCUACCACCUGCAGGCACUACGUCACCUCACUGUGUUGGCUGCAGAGCCUCGUCUGCUGGUACCUGUGGAUGUGGACUCCUUGAAACCUUGCUACGCCCUGUUAGAGAUCACAUUCAAGGAAACCCAGUGGUAUGAGGCGACAACAGUGGAACUGAUGGCUCCCACAAUGCUUCCAGAACUAAAUCUUCUCAAACAGGUAAAAGUGAAGGGACCACGAUACUGGGAACUCUCCAUAGACCUCAGCAAGGAAACCCAGUAUCUGAAGUCAAUCCUUUCUCAAGAUGGAGUGUUGUAUGUGAAAUUGAGAGCUGGGCAGCUGCCCUACAAAGACGACCCUCAGGGCUGGAAGAGCCUGUUGUCCUCCACCGUCAACCACCACAGCUCCGGAAUCAGGUCCUUCAAGCCUAUCUCCACAUAUACCUCAGAACCUGCUUUGGUCUCCUUUGCCGAGUUGUUCUGCAAAUCCUCUGAUGGAAUGAAACAUAGAGAGGACACCCUGCUGUUGUUCUUAGCCAUGUUGUACGAGUGCGUCACUCAGGAAUGUCCAGAGAUGUUACCCACAUACAUCGCCAUUGAGCAGGCUGUGGCUGCUCUGCAGACAGGAGACGUGCUCCAGACCUUCACCCUGUGGCAGUUGCGCCUCGUGGUUGAACUUUGGGACAGCAGGAUGCUUCGGGGACCCUCCAGCCGCCACGGUGCCCUGCUCACCUCAGAGUUUCUGCCUGUCAUGAAGAACAAAGUGGAUGUAGUGCUGGACAGGUGGCUGACAGACAACAGCUCAGUGUUGCGCUCCUACAUGAUGGGGGAGCCCCUUUCUAAGGAUGCCCAGUCUGUCAUGUUGGCCUGUUUCCUGGUGUACCGCUCCAUCCCCUGCCUCAGGAAUGUGAACACACAACUGGACGGUUGCACUUCACUCGGGGAUUUAUUGUCACGUAGCAGCCAGCUGGGCAUCCCUCUCAGAGACCUGCUGAGGCUGGUACCCGUCUUUCUGGGUUCUGCAUCUGGAGCACAGACACUACACAGCCUCCCGCAGCAUGUAUGCUGAACCUGAUGCUAAGUACUUGUCACAGAUGCAGUAUUUAGUCCUGUGCUCCCACUGCGAGCACAUUCAGGGCAGAUUGUGUCUGAAUGGUACCUGCAGCACCCAGAGGUGUGCACAGUGAGACAGAUACAGGACCGAGGUGGUCCUUAGAGACAGUUUGUGUCUUACUUCAUCCUGUGCUGCAUUAGUGCAGCAGGACUACCGUGUGUUUGAAGGAUUCAAACGUUGAACCUGAAGGAACAUUUUGUAAUAUAACACCGGAGUUCUUCCAGUUGUUUCGGCUGCACGGAGGUUAUAAAGGCUGCAGGGUGAAUGCGGUAUAACUGCAGUUUUUAUUUAGUACAUUAAAUAGAGCACUAUUUGUUGCCCAAAACUAUUAGCUGUGUCCAAACUUUUUGUUACAACGGCCACAGGAGCUGG